AUGAAAGGAAUAUCUCACUGGACUAUAUGGCGGAGGCUGUUUUCUAUGGCGAGGCCUACAUCCAUGGCCGAGAUGCUAGUCAUGGCUGCACUGGCCCUGUGCAUCUUUUUUGGGAAGUGGCUUGACGUGGCCUCGAUCAAGAGGCGAGGCAUGAUCAUCAAUAGCCUUGGAGACGUCAAAGGAGUAGGUGCUGUAGAUGUGUCUUCUAUCUGCAGCAAUGCGAUGACCUUCUUUGUGUUCCGGACGCUCUCCUCUGUGCUCAUAGAGUCGAAGAGCAUUCUCUUUUCGGUAAUAGCAAACAGGAUUGUGGAGGAUAUGACAACGCGUGUCCUCCAUCUUGCAAUACACUCUGCACACUCGUAUGAGAUAAAGCCGACGAACCUUAACAGGGUUGUGGAGAGAGGGAACAAGAAGGUGUGCAAGGUUCUCGGGAAGAUCCUGACCAUUGCAGUUCCAGCGUUCUACAACCUCAUUCUUUUGUUCAGAGAGGUCUAUGCGAUGUUUGGUACCAGGUACUUCUUUCCUGCUCUCCUCACUGUUGUUGUCUACACGGGAUACACCUACGUGGCUCUGAGGAUCCGCUCUCGGUAUAAGAGGAGGAUCAACCAUGCAGACAAUCUGGUCUCCAAGAGGAUCCACGAGUGUAUUUCGAACAUCGACCUUGUCAGGGCAUGCUGCUGCGAGGAGAUGGAGGAGUCCAGGGUUGCGGAGGUUAUGAGGAGGAUGUGGGGCCUGAAGCUUUAUGACAAGGGGUGUGUGGGGGUGAUAAACUUUGGGCAGAGGACGCUGUUUACGAUUCUUUUUGUGUACACUGUUCUUAAGGGCGUCCAGGAUGCAUCGGCCUCUGCAAUGGCGGUUGGGGAUCUAGCCACGCUCUUUUCGUUUGUCCUUUCGAUUGAUACCUCUAUGUGGACGCUUGGGACGAUUGCAAGGGACAUGGGGUUUUGGAUGACUGACUGCACGGACCUCCUCACUCUUUAUGAUGGGCUUGAAAGGGAUGUGGAGGAGAGUUCUGGGGCAGCCCUGCAGAAUGCAGCAAGGAAGCCAGGGUCUCUGUGGAUGCCUGAGCACAGCAAGUCUCUUAGCGGGACUGGGGAGUCUGAGGGGGGCAGAGGAGUGGCGGCGAUUGAGUUUGAGGAUGUCAAGUUUUCGUACCCGCGCUCUACCGGUGUGCUCAAGGGCCUAUCUUUCCGGGUUAUGAGGGGGGAGCGUGUUGGGAUAAUUGGGAGGUCUGGGUGUGGGAAGAGUACGAUUGUGAAGCUUCUUCUGAUGCUGCAUAGGUACAGCGGAUCGAUCCGGGUUUACGGGUCUGAGAUCAGGGAGAUGUGUCCUAGGGCGCUCAGGAGUUCGAUUGGAUGCAUUCUCCAGGACGCCCUCUUCUUUGACGAGAGCAUCCUCUACAAUGUGAGGUAUGGGAAUUCUGAGGCUGGGAUGAGCGAGGUUUUGAAGGGGUGCAGGGAUGCCGGGCUGUGUGAGGUGAUCAGAAAGAAGGGGCUUGACUCUCGGAUGGGGGAUCUCAGUGGGGGAGAGGCGCAGAUGGCAUGCAUUGCAAGGUGCCUGGCCAAGGAUCCUCCGAUGAUGCUGCUUGACGAGGCAACGUCGAAGCUUGACGGAUAUGCAGAGAAGAGGGUUUUUGAGCUUCUGAUGAGUCUUGAGGGCAAGACGAUUGUUAUGAUACUCCACGACCUUUGGAUGACCGAGCACAUGGACAAGAUCAUUGUUGUUGAGGAUGGGAGGGCUGUGGAGGUUGGAAGGCACUGCGAGCUGAUGGAGGCCGGAGGGGUGUACUGGAGGAUGAAGACGAUGGGCUAUUCUUGA